UCUCGAACAGGUUCGGACCUCGCGAAGCCUCUCGAAAAGAUCCAAGCCACCGUCGAAAAUAAUGGAACCAAAGAAGAGAGAGACUAAGAAAGAGAGCUAGAGAGAGAAAGUAGUGAGAGAAAGUAGUGAGCCUGUGUCGUAGAGAGAGACAUAUGGGCCAGAUCGUGAAGAGGAAGAAGAAAGGGAGGCCAUCAAAGGCAGAUCUGGCGCGCCGAGCUGUAGAGUCGGCGGCGGUGGCAGAGGCGGACGUCCGGCGGAGCCACCGUCGCCGAAAUGUGAGGUACAACAUCGACUACGAUGACUACCUGGAUGAGGACGACGAGGAUGAGGAGGAGGACCAGAGGAGGAGGGAGAAGAAGCUGAAGCUAGUGGUGAAGCUGAAUCAAGGGAGCGAGCCACUGGCUCAGCAGAACCAGUCUCACACGGGGGCGAGUGAAUUGUACUCGACAGAGUACGCGUCGGACGACGAGUGCGAGCGGAAGCCGUUGAAGAAGAGGAGUAUCGGCAAUGGUCGGGAUGAAGAUGCUGACCAACAGGACGAAGAUGAUGAUCAUGGUGAUGGCGGCGAUGGGGAUGAAGAUGAUGGCGAGGAAAGGGGGAGGAAGGUGGACUUGAAAGGGCUCGAUUCUUCUGCAGGGACGCCAUCGGAUCUUCCUUCCGGGGUGCCUGAUAAGAGGACACUGGAGUUGAUCCUUGAUAAGCUUCAGAAGAAAGACACGUACGGUGUGUAUGCAGAACCGGUUGAUCCUGAUGAGCUUCCCGAUUAUCACGAUGUGAUUGAGCAUCCAAUGGACUUUGCCACCGUGAGGAAGAAGUUGGCAGAUGGAUCGUAUUCUACCUUGGAAAAAUUUGAGUGUGACAUUUUCUUAAUAUGUUCAAAUGCCAUGCAAUACAAUGCACCGGACACCAUCUACUAUAGACAGGCUCGUUCCAUUCAAGAGUUGGCAAGGAAGAAAUUCGAGAGGUUAGGGGUUGAAUUUGAACGCUCUGAGAAAGAGUUGAAGUCUGAACAGAAAACAAGGUCCAAUUUCUUAAUUAAGAAGUCGGGGAAGAAGCCUUUCUGCCUGACCUCGCAGGAGCCCAUUGGCUCUGAUUUCUCCACCGGUGCCACUCUUGCCACAAUUACAAAUGGGCAGAAUGGUUCUAAUAUGAACCAAGGUGGUGGUUUUGAGAGGCCUUCUAACACUGAUGUUGUAGAGACUAAUCAUUCCCUGAUUGAUACCAAUUUUGAGAAGGCAGAAGACUUAUCAUCAGGUAAGGGUCUACUCUCUAAAUUGGGAAGGAAGCAAUUUGUGUAUGAUGAUAACAGGCGCACAACAUAUAACAUUUCCAAUCAACCAGCAGUUCGAUCAGACUCAAUAUUUACCACCUUUGAGGGUGAACUUAAGCAGUUGGUUGCUGUUGGGCUUCAUGCAGAAUUUUCUUAUGCAAGGAGCCUGGCUCGUUUUGCCGCAACUCUUGGACCUGUUGCUUGGAAAGUUGCCUCCCAGAGAAUUGAGCAGGCAUUGCCUGCUGGGUGUAAAUUUGGCCGUGGUUGGGUUGGAGAAUAUGAGCCACUUCAAACUCCUGUACUAAUGCUCGAGAACUGCACUCAGAAAGAGCCUGGUUUAAUUCCAAAGCUUCAGUCUAAUGCUGAUUUGACAAAGGAUGACAAAACUAAGACUCAUGUUUCUGCUAUGGAGCUUCCUAUAAGCGGGCCUAUUUCAGAUGGAAAACAAUCUUCGUUUUAUCCAUCCGGUGCUCAUACGUCAGCAGGGAAAUUAUCUUUCUCUGGCUCUGCUAGAACCAAAUCCAGUACUCCUGAUAAUGCCAUUUACCAGAAGCAAAAUCCACAAUCCAGGGAUUUUACCAAGACUAAGAAUACGUUUUCAAGUAAUUCAGAAAUGGCUGAUACAAGGUCCAAAGAGUCGGUAUCAAGAAACAUAAAUCUUCUGCAGUCUGUACCUGUUAAGCAGCCUGAUACAGAUGGAGUUUUUACUGGAGUGUUACCUAAUGGAAAAAUCAGCAACGGGGGCUUGAAUAGUAAGAUGAGUAGACUGUCUUCUGACACAGCUCCUAAUCACACGCCUAGAGGAACAUACUUUCCUCAUGGACAAGAGCGGGGUUAUAGUGACCCAGCUCAGUUGAUGAGAAUUUUGGCUGAAAGGGCCAAUAAGCAGCAGAAAUCUUCAAAUCAAUCCCCAGUUGAAACCCCAGAAAGAGUGCCCGCGGUUCCAUCUGUUAGGAGAGAUGACUCUUGCAAUGCUGCAGCAGCUGCUGCCCGUGCAUGGAUGUCGAUUGGGGCUGGAGGCUUUAAACAAGCAACAGAAGAUUUCAGCUUGCCCAAAACUCCUACUAUUUCUGCAGAUCCAUCAUACAACCCAACUCGAGAAUUUUGUCAACAAAUUUCUCAAGCACGGGAAGAGAUUCCACUUUCUAGAGGGAUGCAAUCUCAGUCUGAGAGGAACAGUUUUCCCGUGGCAUUUGUGCCACAACCUGCUCAUGUGGCCAAUGAAGCCCAACUUCGAAACCGACCUAUAGUUUUCCCUCAAUUAGCACCUGCUGACUUGUCUAAGUUUCAGCUGCAGUUCCCUUGGCGAGGUCUCAGUCCUCAUACCCAGCCAAGGCCUAAACAACAGGAAACACUUCCUCCAGACUUGAAUAUUGGUUUCCAGUCUCCGGGGUCUCCAGUGAGACCAUCUACUGGUGUUCUUGUUGAUUCCCAGCAGCCAGACCUGGCUUUGCAACUCUGAGUGAGUAUAGGUUUUCUGAGGAACCAUGCAAAUAGGGGGAGCGAGCAGAGGUUACUUUGCUCCUGUCUCGACGAUAUUGACUUUGUUGAAUCUCCCAUACCUAAAUUGUACCGAACGUUCGAAUGCCAUUAGUUCGAUAUGACAGAUGAUUUGGGUAUGAUCUCUCAUUAACUGGGCUUGCUUGAAAGGAGGAACGAUUUAGUCUGGUCAGAUGUGUUUGCUUGCGAUGGGAUGAUUCCAGCAGAUUUGGGGAAAGAAUUCAGCUACUAGUUUCGGGCUUAUAUUCUAUAUGAGGAUUACUGGCAGGCAGUGGCAAGAGUUAUAUAUGUGGGAGAUACAUACAACAUUUGAAAAUUUUGGCAGAAAUGAAUAUUAGCAAUUGCUUAGAAGUUAAAGUCUAUAGUAAAAUGCCUUGUACAUUUGUUACCGGUGGAUGAGAAAUAGUUGUUUAGCUUCUAGUCGUUGAUGCUGAUGAUGCAAUGGCAAUUCCAGUUGGUACUGCUGAUAUUAUUAUGUAAAUGAAUAUUUAUAAUCUCUGAAAUGGAAAUUUCUAACGCUAUCUUCUCAUAA